GCGGCUGGAACACCGCGAGCGGGCAGUGCGGCAGGGACGGCGGGUGACUCGGGCAGUGACCGUGGCGGCAGCGGUCGCCCCGCCGUGGGAGGCUAUGGGGACGCGCGCAUCCUCUGGGUGCCCAGCGCGCGGCGGCUCGGAGCGCCCUGCCCUGCUGCUGUAGGGAGCGGCGGUGGAGCAGUCACUCGCCGAAGCCCCCCGGGACCCACUUGCUUCGGCCCCUGGCUCUCAGUGCCUUUCUCCCGGGCUGCCGGGGCGCAGAAGAGGAUCCGUACUCCCGAGCGGGGCAAGCAGCAUGCGGAGAGCGGCCGCCGCAAGAGGAGGCGCUGGAGGGGCGCGCCGGUGGCUCCCUUGGCUGGGGCUCUGCUUCUGGGCGGCGGGGGCUGCGGCUGCCCGAGGAACUGACAAUGGCGAAGUCCUCCCUGAAUCCAUCCCAUCAGCUCCUGGGACGCUGCCUCAUUUCAUAGAGGAGCCAGGCGAUGCUUAUAUCAUCAAGAGCAACCCCAUUGCACUGAGGUGCAAAGCAAGGCCAGCCAUGCAGAUAUUCUUCAAAUGCAAUGGCGAGUGGGUCCAUCAAAAUGAGCAUGUCUCUGAGGAGAGUCUGGAUGAGAGUUCAGGCCUGAAGGUCCGGGAGGUGUUUAUCAACGUCACCAGGCAGCAGGUAGAGGACUUCCAUGGGCCCGAGGACUAUUGGUGCCAGUGUGUGGCGUGGAGCCACCUGGGGACCUCCAAGAGCAGGAAGGCCUCCGUGCGCAUAGCCUAUUUACGGAAAAACUUCGAGCAGGACCCGCAGGGAAGGGAGGUUCCCAUCGAAGGCAUGAUCGUGCUGCACUGCCGCCCGCCUGAGGGAGUUCCUGCUGCCGAGGUGGAAUGGCUGAAAAACGAGGAGCCCAUUGACUCUGAACAAGAUGAGAACAUUGACACCAGGGCAGACCACAACCUCAUCAUCCGGCAGGCGCGGCUCUCGGACUCCGGAAAUUAUACAUGCAUGGCGGCCAACAUCGUAGCCAAGAGGAGGAGCCUGUCAGCCACAGUGGUGGUUUAUGUGAAUGGAGGCUGGUCUUCCUGGACAGAGUGGUCAGCCUGCAAUGUUCGCUGUGGUAGAGGAUGGCAGAAACGUUCCCGGACCUGCACCAACCCAGCUCCUCUCAAUGGUGGAGCCUUUUGUGAGGGAAUGUCAGUGCAGAAAAUAACCUGCACCUCUCUUUGUCCUGUGGACGGGAGCUGGGAGGUGUGGGGAGAGUGGUCAGUCUGCAGCCCAGAGUGCGAGCAUCUGCGGAUCCGCGAGUGCACAGCCCCAGCCCCAAGAAAUGGGGGCAAAUUCUGCGAAGGCCUAAGCCAGGAAUCCGAGAACUGCACAGAUGGUCUCUGCAUCCUAGAUAAAAAACCUCUUCAUGAAAUAAAACCCCAAAGCAUUGAGAAUGCCAGCGACAUCGCUUUGUACUCAGGCUUGGGCGCUGCGGUCGUGGCCGUCACAGUCCUGGUCGUCGGCAUCACGCUUUACAGACGGAGCCAGAGUGACUACGGCGUGGACGUCAUCGACUCUUCUGCAUUGACAGGUGGCUUCCAGACCUUCAACUUCAAAACAGUCCGUCAAGGUAACUCCCUGCUCUUGAAUUCCUCCAUGCAACCAGACCUAACAGUAAGCCGAACAUACAGUGGGCCCAUCUGUCUACAGGACCCCCUGGACAAGGAACUCAUGACGGAGUCCUCACUCUUUAACCCUCUGUCGGACAUCAAAGUCAAAGUGCAGAGCUCAUUCAUGGUUUCCCUGGGAGUGUCUGAGAGAGCUGAGUACCACGGCAAGAAUCAUUCCGGGACUUUUCCCCAUGGAAACAACCGCAGCUUCACUACAGUGCAUCCCAGAAAUAAAACAUCCUACAUCCAAAAUCUGUCAUCACUUCCUACAAGGACAGAACUGAGGACCACUGGUGUCUUUGGCCAUUUAGGAGGACGCUUAGUAAUGCCAAAUACAGGGGUGAGUUUACUGAUACCACAUAGUGCCAUCCCGGAGGAGAAUUCUUGGGAGAUUUACAUGUCCAUCAACCAAGGUGAACCCAGCCUCCAGUCAGAUGGCUCAGAGGUGCUCCUGAGUCCGGAAGUCACCUGUGGUCCCCCCGACAUGAUUGUCACCACUCCCUUUGCCCUGACCAUACCACACUGUGCAGACGUCAGUUCUGAGCACUGGAAUAUCCAUUUAAAGAAGAGGACCCAGCAGGGCAAGUGGGAGGAAGUGAUGUCGGUGGAGGAUGAAUCCACAUCCUGUUACUGCCUUUUGGACCCCUUUGCGUGCCACGUGCUCCUAGACAGCUUUGGGACAUACGCCCUCACUGGAGAACCAAUCACAGACUGUGCCGUGAAGCAGCUCAAGGUUGCGGUUUUUGGCUGCAUGUCCUGUAACUCUCUGGACUACAACUUGAGGGUCUACUGUGUGGACAAUACCCCUUGUGCAUUUCAGGAAGUGGUUUCAGAUGAAAGGCAUCAAGGCGGACAACUCCUGGAAGAACCAAAGUUGCUGCAUUUCAAAGGGAAUACCUUUAGUCUUCAGAUCUCUGUCCUUGAUAUCCCCCCAUUCCUCUGGAGAAUUAAACCAUUCACGGCAUGCCAGGAAGUCCCAUUCUCCCGCGUGUGGUGCGGUAACCGGCAGCCCCUGCACUGUGCCUUCUCCCUGGAACGCUACACGCCCACCACCACCCAGCUGUCCUGCAAAAUCUGCAUCCGGCAGCUCAAAGGCCAUGAACAGAUCCUCCAAGUGCAGACGUCAAUCCUUGAGAAUGAAAGAGAGACCAUCACUUUCUUUGCACAAGAGGACAGCACUUUCCCUGCACAGACUGGCCCCAAAGCCUUCAAAAUUCCCUACUCCAUCAGACAGCGGAUUUGUGCUACAUUUGACACCCCCAACGCCAAAGGCAAAGACUGGCAGAUGUUAGCACAGAAAAACAGCAUCAACAGGAAUUUAUCUUAUUUUGCUACACAAAGUAGCCCGUCUGCUGUCAUUCUGAACCUGUGGGAAGCUCGUCAUCAGCACGAUGGUGACCUUGACUCCCUGGCCUGUGCCCUUGAAGAGAUUGGGAGGACACACACGAAACUCUCGAACAUUAAGGAAUCCCAGCUGGAUGAAGCCGACUUCAGCUACAGCAGGCAAAAUGGACUCUAGUCCACUUCCUCUCAUGAGAGAGUGAUGGCCAACUUCGGGACAUUUGCUUUACAGGGGGAAGAAAGAGGCGGUUUCUGCCCAGUGGCAUUUGGGGAAUUCAGCCUUCAUUUACAAUCAGUGAGCAUCCCUGAUUGAAGAAAUUGCAUUUUAUAUAGGUAAAAUAUGUUAAUAGGGAAAAGUACAAGCUCUCUUAAAUAUAUAUGUCUCCUCUGAAGCCGCACUCAGGUUCACAGCUGAGGAACUUCUCAGAUUUGGAGUGGCAAGGAUAAAAGCGAGGGCGUAUCUAGAUAAAAGUAACUGUGGGAAAAGAUGAGCUACAGCAAAGCUGGGAAGGCAGAGAUUCAAUAAGUGCAUGUUUUGCAACAGAUUUUUAAUGAUGUGCCCCAAAGUACCAGCUGAUUCUGGCACCAGAUUGUCUGAGUUUUCUACCAACUGGCAUCCGGGAUGCCAGCAAUCAUUGUCAACUGGCUUUUAGAAGUGAAACACGGUUGCCAACCCAUCUGUAGGACUUCAACAACGUCAAGGAGGGCAUUUAGAAUUUCGAAUCUGAGUACACCACACCAGCACCAAUUCCCUAUCUAUCCUAGCCACUUAAUGGAAGCAAGAUCAAGAGGUAGAGAGAUCACAAGCUAGCUCUAGCAGCGUACCUACCCCUCCUUCAUUUUCUCCAAGGACCAAAUCUAUCCACAUUCUUUCUUCCCCUUCCUUAUGAAUUACACUAGGGGGAAAGUUUCAAGGAGCAUAGACUUUUCAAUAUGGAAAUUUCUUAUUUUCUAACUCAAAGCAGGACCAUCUCUAUUCCCAGCUAAGCCACUCAAAUUGCAAAAGCUAUCAGAACACAGCUUAUCAUACAGAUUUAGAGACAAGGGAGGUCAAAUCAGGUCCAAGGAAACAUGAACUGCAGAUGCCUUAGGCCUCAAAUAAGCUGUUAUUCUAGGAUGCAGAUGUUGAUUUAGUUCCCCAGCGCAGUUGUUACGAAGGGAUUAGGCGGUUUACUGUCCUUCACAAUCCAGUUCUUGAAUUUUCUAGCCUUUUGGUACUAUGUUAUCACAGAAUCUCUCCAUGGGGCUAUAGGUCAUCCUCCUUUUGCCUCUUGGGAAAUUAGCCGAUGGUCUUUGCUCUAAAUGAUAUCCGAGUACAUAGACCUGAGGGAUACCUCUACCACAAUGUCUGAGAAACCAAAUGCAUUGUUCAAGGAGUCUUCAAGCUCUGAUAAUUCAACCUCACCAAGCAUGCUUUCUUUCCAGGACCAUUAAUAUAUUGUUUUACAUUUUAAAUGAGAGGCAGUGAUGCUGUGGAGAAUUGAAAUCUGCAGAUAAUACACAACCCCCAUCUUAACACUUCACUCCAUCUUUUAACCUAUUUAAUCAUUUUUGACAGGAUGUCCUGGUAGACUACAGAUGAACAGAUUUACUCCUGAAUAUCUUCUGGUGGAUGUUUUAAUUAGCUGUCCAGAAUCAGGACAACCAAAGUCAAGGACCUCGAUUAACCACAAGGUUGAUCAGCUACUUAGAGGUUGGCCCCAUUAGAAUAAAUACAGUCAGGGAAUGGGGGAGCUAGGGAGUACUUUGGCAGUAGGGAUGUGAUCCACUUUUGAAACAAUGUUUUUGUAGAUCCCAUGUUUAAAAAAAUGUUGUGAAUCUCCACCUAAGUGAAAAAGACUUAAAAUAGGUUGAAUUUAUGAUAUCCUGGGUAAGGCAUUGAAGAAGUAACUCUCGAAUGUGUUGGCCAUUCUCUCUAAUGAAUGUGUGGUAUAGAAGGUCCCCUGUAAUCGACGGAAGGCUUUGCUGCAUGAAAUUCAAAAAGCAUCUUGCUUUUCUCAGGAACCAAAGGCAUAUUAUACAGAACAAACAAGUCCUCUUAGAACUGUUGAGCAUAUUUUCAAAGUACCAUAACUAGAUCAGGAAAAUACCCUUUUUGCUAGUAUACUCAACUUGUUUAUUCCUUCCAGGGAGCAAAAGACAGAAAGCAUCAAAGUGUUAAUCAUCUAACAUAAUGAUGGGAUAUAAUUUCUGAGAUAGAAGUGGAAGUAGAUGGUCAUCCACCCAAAAUAAACCAGAGGGUUGAUUGGCAUGGGUGGUAUGCAGAAAGAAUCUGCAUUAAACUGUUAUAACGAAUAGGAACUUAUAGAAAGUACAGUGUAGAGCAUAUGUUGUUGUCCAUCUUGGAGGAUUUUUGUUUUACACAUCCUAUCCUUUUUUCCUCUUCCCUUCUAAUUGGCCUUAUAAUUGUUUUUAUCUAUUCUGUGAAUCCACACAGAUCUUUUUUAGAUUUUUGAUAUAUUUUUAAUAUUUUAAAACAGAUGAAAAAUGUUAAAGUUUCCCCUAGAUUCUAUCUAGAUUAUUUUAAGAUAAGAAUUUAUUAUCAAUCCCUGACUGUCUAGAAUUUCCUCCCAUGUAUUUAUUCUUUUCUUUUUUUUUUGGCCUGGGUUUUAUAAAUAAAUGCACUUGAUCACCAUAUCACUUUGAGCGAUAAAGGAAGCAUAGGAACGUGAGUCAUCUCGGAUUUCAGCCCAAGGUUCAAAUCCAUCUUUCAGUCCAUUGUUUCCUCUUUACAUUUCUCCUACUUAUUUCUGCUAGGACCAUACGUAGGAUUUCUGUAGGUUUUCUACAGUUUGAGAUUCUAUGGCCAUUGCAUGUCAGGAUUAUGCAGUAUUUUACAAAAGGAUUCCAAAGAGAACCCAUGUUUUUGAGAUUUACAGACCAAGGGGUGUGUGUGUGUGUGUGUGUGCGAGGGUGGAGGGCAGGGAGCAUGAAACUGCAGAUCAGAUAGACUUAGCUGGCACUUGAACUUGAACUCACUGUAACCUAAACCCUGGUUCAAUUUUAAUAUUUUCAUAUCACAACACAAAUGCCUCUCUUGAAAGAGAUUUACUUACUCAUCAGCCCAAGCGCUUACUUUCGAAGUCUUAUUGUCCUAGUGCAAAAUGAAAAAAGAAAUUAAAGGUGGUCUUUCAUACUUGGUAGGUUACUUCGAAUUUUUACAGAAUAGCCCACUUAAUGCCAAAUCUUUCAAUCCUCAGAAGCAUUUAAGUCUAAUAGUCCUGCUUUAAACAUGACUUAAAAGGAUGCCACCAAAAUGUUGCACUUCCCAGCUUAACCAGACUGCAGUCUCUGAAGUUAAUUUAUAGUUUUUACGGCGUGGCUUGUGCAGUCCUCCUAGUUUACAUUAAAAAUCCUUUACGCCAAAAGGAAGCUCACGCUAUGGAUUUAAAGGCAAACUUCCCUUACCGGUGCAGGAAGUCUCAUAAAAUUCAGAUGUACUGCCACAAAAAUUUUAAGGGUCUUUUUGUAAGAGAUGAAUAGGAAUUGACACAGUUCUCCUUAAGGAGGGGAACUUCUCUCUCUUUUUUUGUUAUUUUUAUCUUCAGCUGCAGGUGUUCUCCUUUGCCACACCCCUUGUCAUUUUCCUUUCAGUUGACUUUGAGAGAGGAUGUGAAAUCCAAUCACUAAAACAGGGUUCUCUUUGGAUUAAAAGUUCUGGAUUUAUUGCAGCUGUUUCCCUUGAUAGAAAUUCUCAACAUCUGGAUUGAUAAGCAAAGGCAGAAUAUUAAAAAGGUAGUUGGUUGAAGAUGGUAUUCUCCACUUGCCAAACGUCUGGCCAAUCUACCUGUGAAUUUCAAAACAUUACAGAAUCUUUUGAUGUGCUUUUGGUUUUCCUUUUUGGCCAUUUUCUCUUCAAUUUUAGUCCCUCUGUAAAGGUGUUGAGUCAGAUGUGUUGAAGGUGAAGUUCUCUCGAGGGUCUUUGUUCCAGAGCCCUGAAGGUCACAGGAACCGUGAAGGAGCUGAGAAACGUGCUUUUCCAGCCCACUGUGUGGCUCAUUUUCAUUAAGUUUCCUCAUGAAACACUGCAGAGUUCUGAAUCCUUGGUAACUCCCAUUGACUGGACUAGGCGUGACAUCUACAGCAAAUGGGAGAACAAAAUAUACUGUCCUACAGAUAGUGACACAUUUUAUUAUCCCUCUGGUGUUAGUUACCAUAGCACUGUAUUUGCAAAAUCGCUGCUUUAGCCAAAUGCUGAAUGGCCACCGUUUCCGCCGUUUCCACUGUUUCGUCUGCAUAGAAUUUUCCUGAACUACAAGCAAAAGUGUAUUUCGUCAAAUGUCACAAAGUGAAAAUGUUACUAAUCUUAGAUGUGUUGCAUAUUUUGUGUUUUUACUUUCCAAACUCUUUCAAAAGCUGCAGUUAUAAAGCUGUUUGGCUGUGUUGACAGCAUGUGGUGUUUUUUGCAAAAGUAAUUCUAGGAGAGCCAGUGUCUACCAUGGACUUUUCACAUCCCCAGCUCCGGUCUCAUCAACAAAAUCGAGAUGACAAUUUGUAUGCUGUGAUUUUUUUUCAAAAGAGAAAAGGGGAUGGAAAUCAGACCUGGCCGUUAGUCACUAGUGUGUAGUACUGUGAUCUGAAGUAGGAAAUUUAACUCACAUAGAAUAAUUGUGGUUUUUGAAGCAGCUACUUUGAUUUUUCCUUCUUCUGUGAAGAUCAUGGAUUUGGAAUGUCUUCACGAGGUGGAUUUAAGACAGUAACACUAAGCUCUAAGUCUUAGAACCCACCCUCCAUCUGAACCCAAAGAUGAAAAAGGCAGUAAGCUUCAAUGUUUAAGCCUAAGCUUAAAAAUGUCCUCCCCCAUCCCUAUUAUUGAGUUCAGCAAGGGGUACUUUUUUCUCCCCUAAAAAAAGUUGAAUUAGAAAAUACAUAACUAAAUUUGGUAAUGUAGUUCUUUGCAUGAAUGGAAAUGUGUGAUAAAUAAUUUUACAAAAGGCAUGAUUACAGUGAAAAUGUCCUUUUGCUUCAAACUGUGCUCACCCCAAAAGUAUUUCCCUAUCUCAAGCAUUACUUACAUCCAAAAUGGACAAAUUAUACAAUUCCGUUAAAAUUGGAUAUACAGGAUAGAAACUUGACUGUGAUUCUAUUGAAUCAUGAUAUUUGAGGGGAGUUUGUAAGCAGAAUAUCAUGCCUGCUGUCCCAUUACUGGAACAGAUAUUGCAAUCAGAAAUAGAUCUAAUAAUUCUAAUAUCCCUCCAUUAGCAGCUCUGAUGAUACUGAAGGGAGAUUCACCCCUUCCCAGGAGGCUUCCAUUUAAGCCUUAACAGAGGGUGACUAAAAUAUUUCAAUCAGAAACACCUUCCAAGGCCCGCCCUCGAUGAUGCUGGCCACUCCCAUUCAAAACUUCUCUAUAAGAAGGUGGGAAACACUCCAUCUGUGGGAAUUAAUUUUCCAGUAAGGAAAACAGUUUUCUCCCUUUCUAAAUUGGAAUAAAGACUGACUUAACAUUUCCCAUUCUUCAGAAUUGUAUCUAAUUGGUGCAUGCAAUCCAGUAAGUCUCGACCUAGAAAUAUUGCAAAUAUAAGCAGUUAGAGGAAAACUGGCUGAUUCUCCUGACCCAAACUCCAAAAUAUAUAUAUAUAUAUAUAUAUAUAUAUAUGAGUAAUGGUUUACCUCCAUUUCUGUAUGGAAGAAUUUUAAAAACAGACUUCCUUUUGUUCUUUUUAUUUUGGGAAAGUGUGUGUGUGUGUGUGUGUGUGUGUGUGUGUCUCGGGGAUGGGGAGGGUAGCUCUUUCAAGUGACUCAUAUCUCAAACCCAUUCCACUCUCAACUUUCAUUUGAUGUGUUCAAAGCCGAAAAAAAAAAAAGGAGAACUGAAUACUUAAUUUGACAUGAAGCUGAAGGAGUGAACAAGCCAGAGGAGAGAGUUUGAAUAAAGCAUGGCCUUGGCUUCAUACCACACUUUUUGUGCCUUGUAUUAUCAAUGUAAAUUCUGAAUGUUGUACAGUAAAUACUUGGAUGGACUUCUUAGAAAAGGCUGCACUGGCUUCUUUUUCAGCACAUGUACAUAUCUAUAAAUAUAUAUACAUAUAUAUUUGGUAAUGCCAAACAGCUGUGUUAUAUUGUAUUGAACAAAAAUGGACGGUUUGGAUGUUUUAUGUAGAGUUUGCAAAAAAAACUGGAUGAUGACAGACUUUUCGAGAUAAAUGUACAGACAUAAAUUACUGCAUAUCAGUUAUUUACGAAUAAAGAGUCUUUUAUUGACAUUUUAGGAUACUCCACGAGUGGAACUUUGAACUGCCAAUGAGGAUCCCCUCUACACACCUCCUGCCACAGUCAGCCAGGGGCUGGAAUGCCCUUCACAUCAAGGUCAAUUUCCUAAU